AUGGGCAAACUUCCACUUAAUGAAAAUGGAAAGAUUGAUCGAAAAAAUUUACCAAAAAUUGAACAUGAUUAUUCAUCAUUAUCUUCAUCUGAAACAACAUUAUCAAUGAUUACUAGUGCAUCAUUAGAAGACAAAAUAAAAGAGAUAUUUAUUGAAGCAUUUCAUUUAAAUUCUACUGCAAAUAUUAACAUAAAUGCUUCAUUUGGUAUAUUAGGUGGUACAUCAAUGGAUGCAAUGAAAAUUGUAACAUUAAUACGAGAGCAAUUAUAUCCACAAAUUGAAAUCGGUCUAUUAUUUUCUGAAAGACUUUUUUAA